AUGAAGAAUUCCAAACAAAAAUUUGAUAUUAAUAGACUUAACUACUAUGAAGGCGACUUUUCAGAAUUUGGACCAUUUAUAUUAUUCAGAUCUAUUUUUCCAGAUCAAUAUAAAGUUAAAAGUUGGACUAUUAAACCAAAAGAAUUUAAAUAGAAUUGCUAAGCAUUAAUUUCUAAUAAUGAAUUAAGUUUUUAAUGUUUUACAUGUGGAAUUGAAGCAACACAUAUAUAUUGCUAAGAGUGUUUUGAUCCUAACCAACAUUUAGGCCACUAAUGUAUUAUUAAUGGAAAAAGUAAGGGAUUGUGCGAUUGUGGUAGUGAAUCAAUUAUUUCAAAACAAGGGUUUUGUUCCAAACAUAGAAAUUAUGUUCUAGACGAUGAUGAUGAAAUAAAAAAUAUUUCCAUUAAGGUACAAAAGAAGAUCACUAAUAUUCUUUAAUCACUCAUUGUUACUUUCACAAGUACGAUGAAAUAAAUUAAAGGGAAAUCAAAUAACCAAAUUGCAUUUCUAAUUCUCUAUCAUUUUGCUACAUUAACAUAAAAUUAAGACUUAAUGUAAACCAUAGAGGAAAAGUAUCCAAUUGAAUCAACUUAUAGACUAAUAAAAAAGGCGUCAAAUAUUCAUACUCUUAUAUUUAACACAAUUGGCUCUCUUAUUAAUUAUAGAUAUAGAUAUUUAGUUUUUAUUUAAAAUUUCCUUUCGGAGAAGAAUUGUUAGAAUUCUAAAUACACAUAUUUAGAAAAGAUUUUGAAGUAUUAAGUUUAUCUUGAACCGUUUCAAGAUUUCAAAAUCAUGAAGAUAGAUAAAAUUCUUUAUUAACUUUAUGCUGAUGAAAAGUCUAAAAGAUUUCUGUUUUCUAUUAUCUUAAAGAAUUUCUCUAAAUUGUGGUGGAUUGACACCUUCAGAGUAACCAAGUAUGAUUCAAAAGUAAAAUUUAACAACUUAAAUGUUACUUUAUGCACUCUAUAUGUUUAUCAAAUAAAUUCAGCUUUAAAAUAAAAUUCAUGUCUAAUCAAUUUUGUUUACAUUAGUAAUUUACUCAUAACUGAAUCUUAAUUUGUAUCUUUCGAAAUGCAAAAAUAAUUCUUCUCGUAAAACUAAAAUAUUUAGGACUUAAUAGUUACUAUGGAAAAAUUACAUUAUUCUUCAGGUGCUUUAUGUUCUCAAAGUUAAUUAGCACUUCCAUUAUUAUUUAGAAGGAGAUUUUAAUAUAAGGCCUUUGGAUAAAUAGCUUUAGAUUAAUUAAAAGAAAUACUAAAAAACAAUUUUGAUUCAUUUGCAAAAUAAGAUAUUAAAUUUGAUCUAAUAUAUUAAUUCAACUAUAAUAAUUUUGCAAUAACAACAUUAAUUAACAGUUUAGGGAAGGGAAUUAUGAAGAUAUCUUAAAAUAAAUAAAAUCAAGAAAUUAUACUAGCUGACGUUGUUCAUUAUAUUAUAGAUUAGGCAACUUAUUAUAGUGCGAUUCGUGUUGGUUUAGAGAAUCUAUUCAAAAGAUAUAGCAAUGAAAUGUUCGAAAAAAACAUAAUAAAACUCCUUUUUUAUUAAACGUAUUAGAUCCUGAAGAAUAAUACUUUCAUAAAUAAGCACAUCAAUAAUGACAUCGCUGAUCGCCUCCUAUGUUUACUAGAGAAUUAUAAUUUUUAUCCAGAAUAUAACACCCAGAAAGAAAUUAAAUAAGGUAUGGUAAUACAGAAGUUGUUUAUUUCUUAUUUAGCCCAUUUAUAUUGUACGACAUAAUUUAAAAAUGGAGGGUUAUUCCUAGAUUUUUUACUUGAUAUUUUAGAUGAAAACGAAUAAGAAUUUAAAAAUUUUCUUAACUCAUUAUUAGGUAAUAUUGUUCAGGUUUAUUUGACAAUUCAUUGCAAUCAAAAUAAAAAACUACAAAGCGUUUAUUAAGGAGCAGAAAAUUUCAUAGAGUAUUCCUAAUUUCAUAGAGUAGACACCUGUCUUUUUAAAUUAUAUAUAUUUUUAUACGGUGAACAUGGAUUUUCUUAAUUUUAGAAUAUGUUGGAGACGUUCAAAGUAAAUGACGGAAUAUUCAAAGUUACAAAUUAAACAAGAAUAAUUUAGUAACUAUUUGCUAGCAUGAUUCUAACAGACUUGGAUCUAUAUAAUGUAUGUAGCCCGUUAUUAACUACCUUAUCAAAUGAUUUAAAAUUGACUUUAGUGAGAAUGGUGGGUAAUUAUUUUAUUAUCUCAAACUCAAUAGAGUAUGGAGAUAUUUUAGAAAAACUCUAAAAAUCUGGAGUGCUUAUAACUAAAAAUUUUUCAAACCAUAUUUUACAAAUAUGUGAACUUGACUAGACAACAAAAAAAUUAAAGCUAAAAGCUGAAUAUCAAAUAUUUUAUGAGCCUAGCCUUAUAUAAAAUUAAAAAGGAUUGAACACUCAAAUCAUCGAAAGAUUAAUUGAAAAACAAAAAUCUGAAAGCGAAAUUUUACUGGGAAAUGGGAUUAUAUGGGACAUUUAAUAAUUUUCAAAUUAGAGGUAUAAAGUGUUAUAGCAUUUAAUAUUGAUGAAUUUUUGCCAAAAUAGUCUAUUUUUGAAAAAUCUAAAAUUUUUAUAGGAAACUGCCAAAUCAAAACAAAUGACGUUAUUAAAUGAAAAUACCAAUUUCCUAUAAGAGAUGUGCCAACUUAUUUAUGCUCAACUUGCCUUUCAUAAUACAUUUAACUAAAUUUUAUUCUAAGAAUUUGUAGAUACUGUUAGAGUUGAAUUGGAAAAAAUUUACAAUAUGAAUUUAAAAAAGGAAGAGUAAUAAAAGAUAAAAGUUCUUAUUUCAUCAAUUAAUGAAUUGAAUAAAUCAUAGAUAUAAGAAAAUUAAUAAACCAAGUUGAAAUUUUAAGCUUAAAAGGACAGAUAUAAGGCAAAGUUCAAUUAAAUAUAAUCUUCAAAUUUGAUAUAGCAAAUGUUAAAUGAAGAGUAACAAUAAGAAAUAGCAAUAAAAGAUGAGAAUCUAUGUUAUGCUUGUAAACUUAGUUUGAAAGCUUAAAACAGUGUGGGGACCCUAUCUAUUUUUCUUAAACCAAAACCAUAAAUGUAUGAUGGGACUCAUGAGAAGCUUGAAAAUUUAUUAAAAUUUAAUUUAUGUUUAGGAAUAUAAACAUGUUAGCACUACUUUCAUAAUUAAUGUUUAACUAAAUACUUUCAAAGCGAUUAAAUUAGAAAUUAAGAUUUUGGAUACUACAAAUUAGAUUUGAAUUGCCCAAUAUGUAAACAGUCUGUAAUAUAGAGAUUUCCUAUUGAUGAUAUAGACAAACAAAAGUUGAAGAGUUUUAAUUCAGAUUUACUUUUGAUAAAUGAUCAUUUAGGUUUAGACUUUGAAUAGGAUUAGAUGAAUAAGUUAGUGUAAAUAUACAUUAAUUUAUUUUUUGAUUUGGUGACCUCGUUAUUUAUGAAUGCAGAGAACUAUAGGAGGGCUCAAAAGAAUGUUUUGUUCAAAUAAUUACUUAUUUGCUUUUAUGAAACUAUUUAAGAAAUGGAUUAAAAUAGCAGAGAAAUGUUGAAUUAAGUAUAGAUUCCAAAAUAGAAAAAUAAUUUAGUAUUCAAUACUGUGAGGUCGAUUUACAACAUUUUGACAAAUUAAUCUAGUUUUAAUGAAUUAAAAUUAGAUAUAAUUGAGCUAAUCAGUAAGAGUAAGUAAUUAAGUAAGGAUGAAAUCUCACUGUUUCUAAGCUCUUUUGGAAUAGAAGAAGCUAUAAUGGAAUAAUAAUUGAAUGCAGUAUAAAAUAUAUCUAAAGAAGACUAUACUUUAAACUUUUAUCAAACUCUUUAGAGUUAAGCCGUUAAAAAAAUUUAUAAUAAACUUGGACCGACAUUUCUAUAAUUUCAUAGUAAAUAUUUUUCUGAGAAAUGCGACUAUUGCAAAUUUUAAGAAAAAAUUUUUUCAUAUUCAGGAAUCUCUGUUUGUUUAUUAUGUUAGAAAGUAUUUUGCAACAAAUCUUGCAUAAUUAAAAAUAAAAAUAACUUAGAGCAUCAUGCAACUAAUCUACAUGAGGGAAAUUCAAUUUUUGUGAGCCUUUAAGAUAGUUCAGUUACUCUAAUUUGUGAUUUAAAUUCUACUUAGAAGUUCAAAUGCUUGUAUUAUAAUAAUUUAGGAGAAAGAAUAAAUUCUGAAAAUCCUCAUUCGGAUUGGAACACAUUCUUGCUAGAUUUUACUAAAGCAAAUGAAUUGGCUUUGAUAAUUCUAAAUGAUAGAUAUGAUAAAAUAAAUGAGAUAUAAGAAAAUCAAAUAUUUACUUGA